AGGUAGUUCAAGAUCACAGGAAUAACAAGUUCCAACUGAUCUAAGAAGCCAUGUCUGAGUGUGCUUUCCAUCAAGAGGCACGGAGGCGUCAGGCAAAUUUGGAAAAGAAACAAGAAGCUCUUAAAAGGCUGUUGGCAAAACAGUCACAGAGUUCAAGUUGUGAACAGGAUGCAACCCUGACAGGCAGUAAAACAGCUAUAAUGUUUUCAGGGGCUGAUAAUUUUGACACAAAAAGGGAAAAAUCUUUUCACGACACAAAUGCAGUUCCGAACAACUUCCUGCAUGAAUUUUCAACAAGGAAGCUUGCUAACUCUCAGGAACAGAAAUCUGAUUCUCUAAAGAAAAGGAAACAACGCAAAUUAAACAUAGAGAGGGAUCAAGUUUACAAAAUUUUACAUCCUUAUGAAUUUUAAUAGACUUUUUUUGUUUAUUGUUUUCUUGUUUCUAUAAUCGUUAUUUAUACUCUGAGGUUUGUUGGUCCAUUAAAUGGUGAUAUCAUAUUGGGUGCUACAUCUGUAAAAUAGUAUUGUCUUCUAUUGUUUGUGUGCAAUUGUGGGAAUACACAGAGUGUUACUAAUAUUUUUUUUUUCUUCGAUCAGUGAGUAUAUUGUUGAUCACUGCUCUGCAAUGUUACCAUCAAUAGCUGUAAAUUGGUCAGGUUUGAUUAUUGGACAUAGAUAUCGAAUCAUUGAGCACACAUACAAAAUAUUCCACUUAAGUUAAAGUAUAGUAAGCUGUCAGCAACUAGUACAGACAGCAGCAAUAUAUGUACAGUUGGAAGCUGGUUGGGGAGUGUGACUGUUUUGCCUCUUGUUCGUUUUCCUGUUUUAAUGUCUGUUGCAAUUGAAAUAAAUGCGCUUGUACUUUCAGCUUGUUGUUUAGAGUAGAAAAUUAUAACUUAACCUUCUCUUUGAAACUCACCGUAGAUUACCGGUAUGUGUUUCAGUUCUGGUGAUAUGUUGGAACCUACAAUGCACAGAAUUUAUCAUAGGAAAGCCGACAACAAUCCCGAGGAUAAAGU